AUGGCUACUAUUCCAACUCCACCGGUAAUAAAUAGGUUGGUGUUAUUAUAUGACAAACCAAAGUAUUACCAUACUAUAAUGCUACUCAAGGAGUUGCGAGAACUAGAAAAUAAUUACAUCACAGUCAUCGAGAUUGACACCAUAGAUAAAUUUCUCAAGGAGACAACAAUAUCAUCAGUAAAAUUUGACCAUUUACACAUGUGUGUUGAGUUUAAUCCUGAAUUUGAAGGGAACUUGCAGAAAUUUAUAAAUUUCAUGAAAAACAACCGCAAAAUGAUUGAUGAUGUCGGUGAUAUUGCGUAUCAUAUACAUUUUGAACCAGGUAAAAAAUGGAAAGAGUAUACCCAGGGUCAAGUUGCCAAAUACACCAAUUUCUUGGAUGUUCUUCGUGAUGUUGGUGCAGAUAAAGUUGUUCAUUGCUCGGUAGUUAAUAAAUAUGACAUGGAUACUGUUUAUAUAACUGAAAAGGAAGAUUUGGCUAAAUUGGGAAGUGAAAUCCAGCUGGAUAUCCAGUAUUGGAAAAACCUCAAAACAUUAGAUUAUGGUGAAAGUAGUAUAAGAUUCUUACCAGGGGUCAAAUUACCAGAUACUCUUGAGGUGUUAAAUAUUGGUGGAGGCUAUGCUUUGGAAACAUUAACUGGGUUCAAAAUGCCUCCUAAAUUAAAGUCAUUAUUAGCCGGUCAGGGAGCAAUGCCAAGUAUUGAUGAAAUUGUAUUUCCAUCAACAUUACAAAGAUUAGAAAUACCAGAGAAUAAAAUUUACUUUCUAGAGAAUGUCAAAUUCCCUCCAUCAUUAAGAGAUCUUGACAUCUCACAGAAUAGAAUAGAAAGUUUAAGAGACGUUCGUUUCCCCCAUGGAUUAAAAUCACUCAAUAUGGGUCUUAAUCCAAUAGAAAAUAUAAGGGGAAUCAAAUUUCCGGAUACUUUGCAAUUCUUGGAUGCGUCUAACUUACCAAAUGAGUCAAUGACAGGAGUUAAAUUCCCAGAGCUGUUGGAAGUAUUAAAUUUGCAAUCAUCUAUGACCAACACAAGAGGGUUAAAAUUACCUCAACAUGUGAAGAUUCUUAUAUUAAGUGGUAAUGGGGUAAAUAGUAUCAACCCAUUGAAACUACCCAGCACUAUCGAAGUUCUUUAUUUGAACCAGAACCACAUUAAAACUUUAAAUAAAGUUAAUUUCCCACCAAAGUUGAGAGAGCUAUAUUUGGGAGACAAUCUUAUUACAACUUUGAAAAAUGUAUUAUUCCCGCCAACAGUUGAGGUCUUAGAUUUAGAGAACGACCCAUGGUCAUUUGAAAAUGACAAACAAAUCACAACCUUGAAAGAUGUUGUCUUGCCACCUAAUUUAAAGAUUUUCAAGCUUGGAUAUCAUGGUCUUAAGACAAUUGAAGCUUUUGAAUUUCCUGCAAGUUUAAGAUAUCUUAGUUUAGCAUACAACGAACUUCGUGUAAUCAGAAACAUAAAAUUUGGAAACCAUUUGAAGACAUUAGAUUUAAGUGGCAACCCAGACUUGUUGAGUUUAGAUAAUGUCAUCAUUCCAGAAUCUGUUACUGAAUUGAGAGUAUCAGCACCGCUUAUUCCUAAUUUACCUGGUUACAUUGUCGAAAGAGCAAAUGAAGGAAGAUUAAUAAUCAAAAAGUCAGCACCUCAACCUGAAUAG